ACAUUGCUGGAUGGAAGAAGACCCUCAGGGAACUUCCAUGUUGAUCUCAAAUGAUGUAAAUUUAGCAGCUUCUGUUGUUGAAUGAAGACAGUACUUAAACUUCAAAAAAAUAAAAAACCCUAGUGACUCGUGUGGAGGUGUGUUUGAUAUGGUGGCAACAUAUCAUGGAAUUACAAGUUUUUUGAACACCUUCUCUCCUCUCACAGGCACAGUCAUCGUGGCAAAGUAGUGACGGAUAGUCUCUGUUCCAAUUAUUCAGGAUGGCACCAUGACGAUUCCUCUCAAAACAAAGCCUACUUGAGAACCCAACUCAACUCGCUCUCAGACUCACUCGAAGCACUCCUCCUCUGUGCUGAGUCACAGACACCGAGUCACUCCUCACAAUGCGAACAAGGGCGGCUUCCAUCUCUUCUUUCCGACCCACCGCCGCCGCCGUCACUUCCACUUCUUCCCCCGCCACCACCGCAACAACCACCACCAGAACCCACCUCCUUAACUCCAUCCGAAGCCUCAAAACCCUCGACGCCGCCGUCGCUUUCUUCCACCAAAUGCUCGCCGCGAACCCCUUCCCCUGCGUCAAGGACUUCAACUCCCUCUUCACCUUCGUCGCCAGGACCAAACACUAUGCCGCCGCCAUCUCCCUCAUCAAGCGCGCGCACUCCUCCGGCGUCGCGCCAGACAUCUACACUCUCAACAUCGUCAUCAACUGCCUCUGCCACCUUCGCCGCACCGCCUUCGGGCUCUCCGUCCUCGGCCUCGUCUUCAAGACCGGGCUCCGGCCAACCACGGCGACGCUCAACACCAUUGUUAACGGGCUCUGUCUCGAGAACAAUGUAGCCUCAGCUGUCACAUUCACUCGCCACAUGGAAAAUGCAGGGUAUCAACCUAACAGUUACACUUUUGGGGCAAUAAUCAAUGGUUUUUGCAAAAUUGGGGACACAGAAUCUGCUGUGUUGUGUAUGAGAAACAUGGUUGAGAGACACUGCGAACCGAAUGCGGUUGUGUACAAUGCAAUCAUGGAUGGUCUUUGCAAAGAUGGGUUGGUGAAUGAGGCUUUGAAAUUGUUCUCAGAGAUGAAGAAUAGUAAAGGUAUUCAACCUACUAUUGUUAGUUACAAUUGCUUGAUUCAGGGGCUUUUUAAGUUUGGUAGAUGGAAAGAGGGUGCAGGUUUGUUAUAUGAGAUGAUGCAGAAGGGUGUGAUGCCUGAUGUGCAAACGUUUUCUAUUUUGGUUGAUGGGUUUGGCAAGGAGGGGUUGGUUUCUGGGGCGAGGUGUGUGAUGGGUUUCAUGGUUCAUGUGGGGGUGGAGCCCAAUGUUGUUACUUAUAACUCGUUGAUUGGCGGGUAUUGUUUGCGACAUCAAAUGGAAGAGGCCAUGAAGGUGUUUGAUUUAAUGGUUAGGAGGGGCUGUUUGCCGAGUGUUGUGACUUAUAAUUCGUUGAUUCAUGGGUGGUGUAAGGUUAAGGAUGUUGAUAGGGCUAUAUGUCUGUUGGGUGAGAUGGUUAAUGAAGGGUUGAAACCGGAUGUGGUGACUUGGACUGCUCUUGUAGGUGGGUUUUGUCAAGUGGGAAAGCCACUGGCUGCUAAAGAAUUGUUCUUUACAAUGAAGGAACAUGGACAGGUUCCUAAUCUUCAGACUUGUACUGUUAUAUUGGAUGGUCUGUUCAAAUGUCGUUUUCAUUCUGAGGCGAUGUCGUUGUUUAGGGCAAUGGAGAAAAGUGAUAUCGAUCUUGAUAUUGUGGUUUACAAUGUUAUGCUUGAUGGAAUGUGCAAAGCUGGAAGACUGCGUGAUGCGAAGAAACUUCUUGCUCGUCUGCUGGCUAAAGGGUUGAAAUUUGAUACCUAUACUUUUAACAUAAUGAUCAGAGGUCUGUGUUGGGAAGGACUACUGGAUGAGGCUGAAGAGUUGCUUAUGAGAAUGGAAGAGAAUGGAUGUCCACCUAAUAGGUGUUCUUAUAAUGUCUUUGUCCAUGGAUUGCUGCGAAAACUUGAUAUUUCAAGGUCAGAAAAGUACCUUCAAAUAAUGAAAUGUAAAGGUUUUCCAGUAGAUGCUAACACCACAGAGUUGCUUAUAUGCAUCUACUCUGCUAAUAAAGGAGAUAAUGCAUUUCAAGAGUUGCAGCAGAACUGAAGUUUGUAUGUGUUUAAUCUCUUUAUGCAUUAUUUGAUGAGGAUUUAUGUCAUGUUUUAAGAUAUCAGACUGUCAGCUAGGCCACACUUAAUGGUCAGAGCACAUCCUUAAGACCAUUGGGGGUUCAACUGCCCAAAAUCAUUCAGAACUUGAUGGUAAAAAGUACAACGGAGACACUCUAUGAAAUUCCGAUCGGAUUGUGACACUGAUGGUCUUCUGAGUGCUAGAUCAUCCAAGAGACUUGAGAAGCCUGCAUAUUUUGACCAGACAUUAACCCUGUUUGAUGCCAACAAGAUGGGAGAUGGUGGAGCUGUGUUUUUCUAGCUUGCAAUUGAAAUGUUUUGAUUGAGACAUAAUCGUACGUUUGGUGUAUGGGUCACAUGGAGGUUGCCACAGUAGAGCUAGAAUAUCCUUUCGAUGGUUGGCAGUGGGCUAAACCAGUGUGUCCUAAGCUCUGUCAUGUGGAUUUGCUAAGCAAGAUUGUCCUUGAUCAGAUUAUGAACAUUGAUUUGGAAUUGUUGCUUAAUGGUAAUCGCAUGACCUAUAAUAGUAUCAGAAGUUCACAUCAUUGUCACUUGAAAUCCUUACGAUGCCCCAUUGUCACUUGCUGAUAUGUGGGAAAGUCUCUAUGAUUUGAACUUUGUGGAUGACAUGUGGCCAUUUGGAGGUGUUCUUGUGAUGUCUUUGUUCAGGGAUUUCUGUGAGAACAUGAUAUUUCAAGGUCAGAAAAGUACCUUCAAGGCUUCAAAUAUUGAAAUGUAAAGGUUUUCCAGUAGAUGCUAACACCAGAGUUGCUUAUAUGCAUUAUAAUCUGCUAAUAAAGGAGAUAAUGCAUUUCAAGAGUUGCUCCAGAACUGAAAUUUGUUUGUAUUUAAUCUCUCUAUGCAUUAUUUGAUGAGGACUCAUAUCAUGUUUGAAGAGAUCAGAAUGUCAAUUAGGCCUCUUAUUGGUCAGAGCACAUCCUUAAGACUAUUGUGGGUUCAGCUACCUAGAAUCAUACAGAACUGGAUGGUAGAAAGUACAAGGGAGACUCAGAAUGAUAUUAAGCUACAGAAUUACAAUCUGAUUGCGACACUGAUGGUCUUCUUAGUGGUAGAUCUUCCAAGAGUUCUGAGCAGCCUGCAUAUUUUGACCAGACUUUAACCCAUUUCGAUGCCAACAAGAUGGAGGAAGAUGGUGGAGGAAGAUGGAGGCUGUGUUUUUCUAGCUUGCAAUUGAAAUGUUCUGAUUGAGACAUAAUUGUAUGUUCGGUGUAUGGGGCACAUGAAGGAAUCAAGAUUAGAACUGAUCAAGGAGAUUCCACCAUGAUUAGCUGUGAUAAUAGACUUGAAAAUGUGCCUAAAGUUGAUGCAAAGAGUCACUACACAAGGUAUGUGAAGUACAAAGGUUUUAGUUUUCUUAUGGUUCAUGUUACUAAAUCAAGAACAUAUUGUUUAGUGAUUGGUCAAGAGAUCCUUUGGUCAAAUGAAUGUUUUUCGUGCAAAAAAACAUGCAGAAAGGGAAAAUAAAAGCUUUGUAGCACAUGAUGAAACAAGGGUAGGAUGCAAGGCAUUGUUGUAUAUAAAUUUUUUUUUGAAGAAAAGUGGAUUGUUUCUAGAUUUGUAAGACUUCUCCAAGAAGUUCACAAUUUCAUCGAGUACAUAGAAAGAAAAUUAACAUGCAAAGACAACUUAUUGAUAUGUUCGAUGAUUCUGGUUUGCGUUGCUGAAAAUGGUGGUAUCGAUAAUGUUGGAUUUAGUCAACAAGAUGUUAUUGAUUGACGCUAUCAUAUUUUAAGAACGGACAAUAGAAGAAUCCCGCAUUUUUAAUGCAUUUCAAAUGGAUGUAUAAGGGAAAUUGCCAAAUUGUUUGUGUUGAUUCAAGGUCUAGAAUGACUUACAAAUAUUUUGGUGAUGUGGUGACUUUUGAUCCCGCAUACUUGGCCAAUAGGCACAAAAUGCCUUUUGUUCCUUUCACAGUAGUUAAUCAUCAUUAACAAUCCAUUCUUUUUGGUUGUGCUCUCUAUUAUGGGAUGAAAUUAAAGAGUUUUGUUUGGUUGUUAAGUACUGGUUUAGAAGCAACAUUUGGAGUUUGUCCUAUAAUUAUUAUCACAUACAAGGAUGUUGUUAUCACUAAUGCAGUUGCAUUGGUGUUUCUAGAGGUUAAUCAUUAUUUUAUGUUGCACAUAGAGAAGAAAGUUUCAAAGUACUUGAGCUACUUUUAUCAUGAACAUAUUGAUUUUAAAAAUCAAUUUUACAAGUGCAUUUAUCAAUUUAUCACUGUUAAAGAGUUUGAAUCUGAUUGGGAAGCAAUAAUACUUAAAUAUGGGUUGCAAGAUAUAAGUGGUUGGAGAAGAUAUAUUUCAUUCGAGCAAAAUGGGUUUCUGCUUUUGUUCGUGACAAUUAAUGUGUUGAAAUGACAUCACUCAAAAAAGUGAAAGUAAAAAUAAGUUCUUUAAGGAUUUUUUGAAUUCGAGUACUCUAUUGAACAAGUUUGUGACACAAUGUGAUAAGGCUCUUGAUGCACAAUAUGAUAAGGCUCUUAUCAUUGUGUCACAAACUUGCUCGACGGAAUACUCGAAUUCAAAAAAUCUUUGAAGAACUAAUUCUUAUUUUCACUUCUUUGAGUGGUGGACAUUGCGGCAGACGUACGGAUCCAUUUUUCUCAAAUGGAAUAUAUCUUCUCCAGCCACUUAUUAUCUUGCAACCCAUAUUUUUCUAUCAUUAAAUCAGAUUCAAACUCUUCAAUAUGCUCAUGAUCAAUGUAGCUCAAAUAAAUUGGAACUUUCUUCUCAAUGUGCCACAUACAAUAAUGAUGAUUAACCUCUGGAAACACCCUUACGACUGCAUCAGUGAUAGCAGCAUCUUGGUUUUUAGGACAAACUUCAAACAUCACUUCUAACCAAGUACUUAACAACCAAACAAAACUCUCUUCAAUUACAUCCCAUAAUAGAGCACAACCAAAAAGAGAGGAUUGUUAAUGAUGAUUAACACCUGUGAAAGGAACAAAAGACAUUUUGUACAUAUUGGUCAAGUAUGUUGGAUCAAAAGUCACUGCAUCACCAAAAUAUUUGUAAGCAAUUCUAGACCUUGUAUCAACCAAAAACAAUUUGCCAAUUUCCCUUCCACAUCCCCUUGAAAUGCAUAAAAAACUCAGGAUUCUUCAAUUGACCGUUCUUUUUUAUUAAAAUAUGAUAAUAUGAGCAUCUACUUUUUCUAAUUGUUUUUCCCUCUUGUGGCUUAAAUAAUCAAUAACAUCUUGUUGACUAAAUCCAACAUUAUCAAUAUCUCCACUUUCAACACACAAGACAUGUUAUUUUGCUAGGACACGAACUGGAAUCACCGAGCAAAUCAAUAAGUUAUCUUUGCAUGUUAGUUUUCUUUCUAUGCACUCGGUGAAACUGUGAACUUCUUGGAGAAUUAAGUUCAUGAUUAUGAUCUUACAAAUCUAGAAGCAAUCCAUUUUUCUUCAAAAAAAAAGUCCAUUUACAACAUUGUCUUGCAUCCUAACCUUGUUUCAUCAUGUGUUACAAUGCAUUUAUGUUCCCUUUCUACGAGUAUUUUUUGCGCUAAAGCAUUCUUUUGAAUAAAGGAUCUCUUAACCAAUCAUCAUACUAUUUGUUCUUGAUUUAGUAACAUGACUCAUACGAAAACUAAAACCUUUGUUCUUUGCAUACCUUUGUUUAGUGACUCUUUGCAUCUUCAAUUGAUUCAAACUUCAUUCCUUUAUAGGGCUAUAAUGGUAGUUCAGUAUUGAAAUGAUUCACUUUAGGAACACUUUCAAGCCUAUUAUCGCAGUUAAUCAUAGUGGAAUAUCCUUGAUCAUAUGUAAUCUUGAUUCCUAUAAAAAAAAAAUAAUGAGCAACCACGCGUAUAGAAAUUAUCAAAGAAUCUAGUUGAGAAUGACAUGAUUUAGAUAUAGGUCUCAAUCACUAUGUGAAUAACCAACAAAAAAUAACACUUUGAUGGUGAACGAAUUAAGCAUAUGGGUUCAUGAUGAGAGAAUCAUCAACUGAAGGAAGCCGAAGAAAAAUAACCUGUUUUCUGAGAAAGAUUCUCUAAGAUUAGAUAAAACCACCAAAAUUGCAAGUUCCAAUGCUUGGGCGACAAAAAAAAAACAAGGAAUUAAGUGGUUACAAUGAACACCUGUAUUAGAGAUGAGGAAUCAUUUGCUAAAGAAAUAUCAAUGAGAUUGAGGCAUUGAUCGUCACCCUUUCUCAAAGAAUCAUUUGUUUUGGAGAUCUCUAGCUGUUUAUAACUGUUGGUUGGCUUCAUGAAAAAAUACAGAAAAAUCAAUCCUAGUUCUCCCUCUCAAACUCCAUGUAGAUGUAGUUAAAAACCUUUGUUCUUCACAAGGUUAGUGAUGACAAUGAAAUGCACAGAUGGAGCACAAGCGUAUGUGAAAGGGUUGGAGAGUGUAGGUUUUGGGUGAGAUACAUGCUCUAUUUAAUUAAACCAAACUAUUUUAGAAAACUUGUCUGACCGGUUAAAAAGAACUAAGGCUAUUGGAGUAUUGUUUUGUAUAAACAUGUUUACACUGUUGUACCUCCUUUAAACUCUUUAUAUAGAGAUUUUAUUAUUUAAUAUUCAUAUGAUCUUUCAGUUUUUUAGAUAAAAAUGUUUAUUUAAAAUGGAAUAAAAAUAAAUAAU